ACACAGCCUGGGACGCACCGCCAGAGAUAGAGAGAGAGGGAGGGUAGUGAGUGAGAGAGAGAGAGGUACACUCCCAGUGGGACAGAAGGAGAGCGGACAGAGACACACGGAGAGGCGCAGUGGCUCAGUUACAGAUACUUCAGAGAGAGCCCGCUGAAGAAAAGCAAGAGCAGAGCAAGGAGCCUUCUUUCUUUUUCUCUUCUCCCUCGUUCACAAACUCUGGAUUGUCCUAAGUUUUUCAUUUAGAACAGAUUUGAUCUUUUUUGAUUUUUUUUUUUUAGAUUUUCUCCUUUUUGUUGUCUCUUUCAGAAAAUAUUUGCUUUAGGACAUUUUUUACCUUGUGUUCCAUUUCUCCAUCUAUUCCUCAUUUACCACCACUUCAUCAUCAGAGAGGUGCAAAAAAGUUCCUGUGUGGAUUUUACACAAGAGAGACGAGUGAGCAAGAACAACUCCUUGGAGGGGGGACAGGAGUAAGCAAGCAGGGUGAGAGGUGACGGUACUCUCCCCCCCCUCACCAUCGGAGGCACCCCCACGUUAUGGAUGUUGACACAUUCCUUUCGGACACGAGGGGAACCCGCUUCAACUUCAGAGCCAGCGUAACAAGCCGCCGCCACCGGGUCAGUUUCAUCCGCCGCAACGUCCGUCCCGAGCGAAGCCUCAGCCGGCCGCAGUCUCCGCUCUCCGCCGCCGCUGCUGCGGCCACCACCACCUACACCUUUCUCCCAUCCAGCUCUCCAGCAUGGUCCUUUCUGUGAGGCUCUUCCCAGUCCUCGUCCAUUCUCCAGUACAAUGUGCAGAUGGAAAGUGACUAAAGGUGCCGUCGCCUGCUCUGGUCCGCUGUCCUGCCUCUUCUCAUCUUCAUCAUCUCCUUCGUCGUCGUCGUCCUCAUCUUCCCCAUCCUCCUCCUCGUCCUCCUGCGUCCUGCUGCUGCUGCUGCUCUUCCUUGCCCUGAGCGCAUUGCCCGCCGCCUCCUGCCACGAUGGCCACAGGUCCACGCGCUCGCCCCGGAGCCCUGACAACCACAACAGCAGCGGCGCGUCCUCUGCGACGGCGGUGGUGGGCCGGCAUGUGCGCAGCUACGACCAUCUGCAGGGGGAUGUCCGCAAGAGAAAGCUCUUCUCCUACCAGAAGUUCUUUCUCAGGAUUGAUAAAAACGGGAAGGUCAAUGGCACCAAGAAUGACAAGGACCCGUUCACUAUAUUUGAAAUCAAGUCAGUGGAGGUUGGUAUUGUGGCAAUCCGAGGACUCCACAGCACAAACUACCUGGCUCUCACCAAGAAGGGCACUCUGUAUGGCGCGAAGGAGUUUGGUGUGGAUUGCAUGUGGACAGAGCGGAUCGAGGAGAACAAGUACAACACGUAUGCGUCUGUUGAGCACAAGAACAAGAAGAAGUUCAUGUUUGUGGGCCUGAGUGUAAGCGGCAAGCCCAUGCGGGGCAAGAAGACCCGCAGGAAGAACACGGCCACUCACUUCCUCCCCAUACCUGUGGACCCCCAGUCAUAGGGCGGACCCCCACUGUCCACAUGAAAAAAAAAACGGCCAACUGCACUGAGACAAAAGACUUCGAAUCACCAACAGUCAUAAGAAUUAUAGUGAUAUCGACAGACUUGUUCUGAAAGUUUUUGUUGUUGUUUUGUGGGAAAUUUUAAAAAAUGGAUGGAGCUAUGUGAAAGAGACUGCAGGAACUCUUACAGGUUGAGUCUUGAUUGAUGUCAUAUAUUUGUUGUUACUAAGUUAUUGGCACAGGAGAAAAAAAAAAAAUCACCGACGACACAUUUUUUUUCUGUGCCAAAUGCCGUGUUCGGAUAAACUAUUGGACCAAGACAAGGAACAAGCAAAAUCGUUUUUUUUUUUUCAAAAAAAAGAAGAAACAUCAUGACGGGAAACUCUGGCGUCUUAUGGCUUUCAUUAAGUCGGAGACCAUGGACAGAGAGUGCAUCACCUGCCUGCAUUUGUGCGUGUUUGGUCUGCAGAUACUUUCUAUUUAUAUUCUACUAACUCAUACGAAGCCUUUCCAACUGACACUACAGCUCUGUGAUGCAGUGGACAGCUAGUUCUACAAACACUGACUGGAAGCGCUUGCUUUAGACACAAGACAGAGGCCUGAAUUCAGCACAGGGGGGCGGGGGGCGGGGUGGGUUAGUAAAACUAGCGCCAUAGCAUAAACAAGAACCCUAACAACCUUUAUCAUAACAAGCAAAGCCACUGUAUUAAGAAAACAAUAUCUCAACUUCUUUACCUGACUGCUUUUAAGAAAAUAAAUUAUUUAUUUUAUGUAAUAUUUAAAGAAAUACAAAGGCAAAAAACAUAAAAUGGACAUUUUUUAUCAUUUACGGUAUGUUCCUCCUUUACUCUGUUGGUUAAACAUAAAUAUUAAAAAUAAAUGAAUAAGUAAAUAAAUAUAUUUCUCUUUAUUAAGCAAA